AUGGAUGACGUCUUUUUUGAAGGAUACAAAAAUAAAGGAGAAUCAUGUACAAGAGACAAUUUAAAUAAACUAUUAAUAAACUUAAAUGAAGAAGAAUGUGAUGAGAAAUUUGGGAAUGACAAUUUUUAUGAAAUAUUUGAUCGAUACAAUAAGGUAUCAUUUAAUAAAAAAAUAUAUGAAAAGAUCAUUAAGAAAAUAUGUUAUCGAAAUAAUUUGAAAUAUGUUAAUUAUUAUGUUAAUAAUUUUGAAAAAAUAAAAGACAUUAAAGUAUUAAAGGAACGAGGGGAAAAUAGGAUAUGUGUUUUAAUACUUUGUUUGAAUUAUAUAUAUUGUAAUAUAAACAAUGAAAUAAUGACAAUAUAUGAACUAAAAAAUCAAAUUAAAAGAAAUAUAGAUAAAAAAAGAAAAGUCUAUUGUAAAAAUUUAGCAAAAAUUAUAUUUAAUAUUUGUAAUCGAUUGGAAAUUAAAAAUUUUAUGAAUAAUGAUUUUUUACCAUAUAUGGAAAAGUAUAUUAUAACUAUAAUUAAUAAAAUGAAAUUAUUAAAUAACAAUGCCAAUGAUCUUAAAAAGACUUUGCAAGUACAGGAAAAAAAACUUAAUGCUUUUGAUGACAUAUUUGAAUAUAUAAAUAAUUUUAAAAAUAAUUCUGAAUUGAUAUUAGACAAACCAAAUAAUCCAAAAACAAAUUUGAUCGAAAGUGAUGUUGACGACUUUAGUGAUCAAUCUAUUGCAUCUGUAGAAAAAUCGCCACUCGAGUCGAUAGACAGUGAAUAUAACUACCAAUUUAUCGAUAAAAAUGAUAAUAAGGAUAUCUUAAAAAAAACCUUGAAAAUAAAAAAUGGAGAUCAAGAUAUGCACAAUAAUACGGAUGCAAUAUCUGAGAAAAUUCACACAACUGAAGAUUUUUUUUAUAACUAUAUUUUCUCUGAAAAUGUAGAUAAAAAUGGUGAACAUUCUUGUGAUAAUAAUAGUACUUAUUCAUAUGUUAGCGAACAUUUGGCUGUUCAUAAUAAAAGGGGAAGAAAAAAAAAACAAAUUUCAAACAGUGAAAUGAAAAAUAAGAAUAAAAAUGAUACACCAAAAAAAGUGUACAACACAACAAUAUCAAACUUAAGUGAAGAGAAAAAAAAACAAUAUCCCCAAAUAUUAGUUGAAUACUUAGAAAAGAAUUUUAAACCACUUUCUCUAUAUUCAUGUAUCUUAUAUUCUUUUUUUAUUAUUUGGAAUAAAAAAGAAAAUAUGGAUACAAAUUUAUAUCAUAAUAAAAGUAGAUGGAGUGGUGAUAAUUUACAUUAUUUUUUAUGUUCAUCGAUAAUUAUAACAUUUAAUAUUUUCAAUAUAAAAAUAACAGAUCAAUUUAUUUGUUUUUGUCUAGACGUUAAUCAACAAACAAUAAUUACCCAAAAAAAAGAAAUCCUAGAAUUUUUCUUAUUAACAUUUAAUAAAUUUCUUGGAUUUAAUAUAAAUAAAUACAAAGAUGUUUUUUUUUGUUUAAGAAUAAUAUUUAGCAAUUAUUUAUUACUACAAAUGUAUUUAUUCUAUAUUAUAAAAAAUUAUGAAUUAGCUAAUAAAAGAGAUUUUUUUGUGUCCUUAGAAUUGUUGCAAAUAUAUAUAGCCAAAUAUUUUAGAAAUAUAAAUAAAAAUUUUCUUAAUUUAUCAGAUAUUAUAAUAGAUUAUAAUUUUUUGUUUAGUUCAGAAAAUGUUUAUAAAGAUUUCCAUGAAAUUAUUUCACAAAAUUAUGAUUUAAUACACACUAAAAAGUUAUUAAAAAAUGUUAUAAAAAAAUAUUUAUCAGAGAAUGAAAAAAAAAUAUUCCAAGAACAUACCUUUAAUGAAUUAUAUGAUAUAGAUUUAAAAAAUAUUAAUAUGUACAUGAAACAAAUAUUUUCUUAUAAUAUAUUUACUGAUCAUACGUUAAAAACAAAUGCUGGUAAUUCAAGAGAAAACGAUCAGUAUAUGAGUCCCUCCAAAGAUGAUAAUAUUAAUGAAAAUAGUGCAGAAAAAAACAAUGAGAGUAAUGAAAAUAGUGUAGAAAAAGGACAUUAUUCAGAAAGUGAUACAAUUCUUUGUAAGGAUAACGAGAUCUUGUCAAGCUAUGAUAAUUUUCAUGUAGAAAAUAGCUCGAGACAUAACAAAGAAAAAGAAUUUAACAUUUUUGAGUAUAAUGAUAGCAGAUUAUAUAACCCAAAUGAAAACAACAAUAAAGAUAGUGAUACAUAUGAUAAAGAAAAUGAUGAAGCUAAUACGUCAUGGGGAAAUAAACUAAACAAAUGGACAACAGAUACAAAUAACCAUGAUGGGAAAUAUUUGGAAAAUGAAAUGACAAUAAAACCAAGUAUUAUAAAAAUCGAAGAUGAAAAUAACUUAACAAGUAAAGAAAAUUUAGAUGAUGUAUUUGUAAAAUAUGAAAUGAAGUCAAGCAAUAAUAAAUUAGCUAAUUUUAUAAUAGAAAAUAGUAAUAAAUUAAAAAAAAAUGAACGAUUUAUUGAUUUUUUUAAUUAUAUUCAUGUUUUAAAAAAAAUUAAUAUGUCUACAAUAAAUGAAACAAAUUUUGAAAUAAUGCAUUAUUAUAACAUAAAAAUAAUUGUUCGAUUUUUAUUUUUUAAUGUAUUAAAAAGUAUUAUAUAUAAUUGCUAUUGUACUGAGUUUUUUAUUCCAAGUAAAAUACAUCAAUCUAUUACUAAUCGAAAAAACCUUAAAAAUGUAUCCCCACUAUUUAAAGGCCAAAUAAACAAUCUCAAUGAUCAAAUAAAAAUUAAAAUAGCUAAUAAAAUUAAAGAAUUCAAAAAUAAAAAACAAAAUUUUGAAAAAUACCUUAUUUGUGAACAAGGAUUUUAUAUAAAAUUUUUUAAAAAUUCGAAAAUAUUUAAAGAAGAUAUUCAGCAAAUUUUAGACAAUAACAAUAUAAUCUUACAAGAUGUUAAAACGUUGUUAUAUUAUUCUGACAAUGAAGAAGGACCAAAUAAUGAUACUCAACCAAAUAAUUAUGAUAAUGGUUCAUUGAAUGUUUCUGCUGCUCCGUUUGAAGACUCGGGAAGUUGUGUAAACAAUCAUAAUGCUAUUUACGAUGCUACGGACCAUCAUGAAAACAGUGCAAAUAAUAAAAAACGGGGAGCACAUAAUAUAAAAAAUAUUAACCAAAUUGAUAAAAACAAUAGUGAUAUGCCUAUAUCUGAUACUUGUGGUCCUUCAAAAAAAAAAAAAAUAAAUAAAACCAAUGAUAAAAAUAAUAAUCGAAGUGAAAAUAAGCAGAAAAUAAAAAUACAUUUAUCUUCUUUAGACAUUAUGAGUGAUAAUUCAAAAGAUGCCAAAAAAAAUAUUACGCAAAAUGGGUCAUUUAAUUUAUUUGAAUAUAUAUAUAAUAUUAAGAUGAUGAAAGAAUAUAAGAAUUUAGAAAUGCUAUUUGGAAAAAAUUAUUUCACAGAAUUAUUUAAUAUAUUUAAUAAUGUUAAUUAUUCAUUUGGUAGUAAAAGAAAAAAAUUAAUAAAUAUGAAUAGUUGCUUAUUUCACACUUAUCAUAUAAUUGGUAUUAAAAAAUUAUCAGAUAUUGGCUAUAACUUUACUUUUAAAAGUGAACUUAAUAAUAUAUAUUCUAAAGUAUUAAAAACCAAAAUUUCAAAUAUACUUUCAAUACAGGAUAUAAAUUAUUUAUUUAACAAAUUUUUUUAUUUUCUCUUUAAAUAUAUUAAGUCACAUUGUUGUUUUUCACAAACAAAUGGUGCUAAUUUAUAUUUUCAUCAAAGCGAUCAAGAUUUGUCUACUAUUUGUUUAUGUAACACAGACCGAUGUUGUUACAAAAUAAAAACAAUCGUCUUGUUUGAAAACUUAUAA